GAUUAAGUUAGUGAUGGCCAAUAAACUUAUCCUCGUCCCCGAGGAUUUAUACAGAGGUCUUACGUCAUCAAUUACUUCGACAGGAGAACCUAAUCUCGAUUUAGUUAAACGUGAAUUAGACAAUGUUAGAAGAAGAAGAGACAGUAAAGGAGUCAAAAAUGCAAAUUACAACCAGGAAUUGAGGAGAUAUCUCAACUUAAGAAACGAAAGGGAAAAUAGACCAGUUAAAGUUGAAGUUGUUGAUAAAUCUAAAGGUAUCUUUUUACCAAAAACUAAUUCGCGACCGGCAACCUAUAUAGCUAGUGGAGAUGAUGAUUUUGGAAAUGAUGAUGAUAAUGACUUCUGGAUGAGUGAUGAUUUUUCUUUUACAAAACAACGACCUAAAUAUUCCCCAUUAAUUUCACCACCACCACCUCCUAUCCCACCUCAUGGGAGAAACAUUAAAAUUAAACCUCCAUCCCCACCACCAGUUCCACCUCGUGAUUGGGUCAAAAAAGUAAGGACACCUUUGAUCUUCAAUCGAAAUCCUAAAAGAAAAAGAGAGGAAGAGAAUUCCCUGGAAGAAAGAAAAUUAAUAAAAACUAAAAAAGAACCUAAUAAUGAAAUUAUGGAAGAGAUUGAGAAAAGGAAUAUCAGAAAAUUAAAAAAUAAACUAAAAAAAGAAAGGGAAGAUAAUCGUUAUUUAGAAAGCUUUAGAGAGAGGAAAGAAAAGAAAAGACAACACAUAAUAAGGAAGCAAGAUAUUAAAAAAUCGAGAGUACCUUAUAUGCCUAGUGAUCUUAUAAAUAGAUCAAUAAAAAGUGAACAUAUCAACGAAUCAUUAAAUGCUCCGCUUAUUUCCCAACCUCAUGAUGCAAUAGGUAAAGUAAAAACCCCAAUAAUUAAAAGAGAAAUAAGGGAAGAAAUACCGGAGGAAAAGAGAAGAAUCGAAAAAAGAAAAUUACACUAUACUGAAGAAGGAUAUCCGGACGUCCCAGUGAAGAAACGAAAACUUAGAAUCAUUAAUAAUUGGGCACAAAGAAGACCAUCAAAAGCUAAUAUUCAGCGAAAGAUCUGGGCUCAGAGAAAACCAACGCAGUCAGAUAUUAAUAGAUUUAAACCAGGUCUUUGGUAA